AUGAUACCAUGCAUUAACUGGCUGCAGCCUUUCCUAGCCUUGAUCUCUUCCAUUUUGCUUACGCGGGGCCACAACUGUCCCUCCAGCUGUUUGUGUCCAGACCACCACACUGUGGACUGCACUGGGAAAGGGCUAACCAGAGUUCCAGACUCCAUCCCUCUGAAUGUUCGCCGUCUCCUGCUUUCCAACAACUGGAUUCCCUGGAUCCCUGAGGACUUUUUGGUCCUCUACAGCGAUCUGGUCUACCUGGACCUAAGGAAUAACUCCCUCUCCCAGCUGGAGCCAGGCACCCUGAGCACCUCCUCUAGAUUAGUCUUCUUGGACUUGGGGAGCAACAACCUGACUGAAAUUUCGUCUGGAACAUUUGUGGAGUCUAGGAGUCUGAUCAAACUACGAGUGGGGAACAACCCAUACCUACACAUGGUGGGCAGAGAUGCUUUCACAGGGCUGACUUCUUUGAGGGAGCUGGAGCUGCAGAGAAACGCUCUCUCAGCUCUGGAUGUAGUGGUUCUGGAAUCCCUGCCCUCCCUGAGGAUGCUGCGUCUGGAGGGCAACCCCUGGCUCUGCAACUGUCACUUUGCCAAACUGUUUGUAUGGCUGUCAGAGAACAGCCACAAGCUCCUAAAGGGUCUGGAGGGGAUAGAGUGCUCCCUGCCUCUGGAUGGCCGUCGUGUUCCCCUGAGUUUACUCUCUGAAGAGAGUUUUCGGGAGUGCCGUGGGACCCUCACCCUAACUGACUACCUCAUCGUCAUCUUCUCCGGUAUCUCUGUCUCAGUGGCGGCCAUCAUUACCAGCUUUUUUCUAGCUUCCACAGUGCACUGCUUCCAGCGACUCAGCAAAGGCAGCAAAGCAGAUGAGGAAGAAGGCAAUGACUGA